AUGGCAUCAUAUAUCUAUUUAGUAAAGUUCUUCUUUAUAUUGGAUAAUAAAGGAAGUAGAGUAGUUGCCAAAUACUAUGAUGACUCUGAAUUUGAUACAACUGUGAAACAAAAGGCAUUUGAAAAGAGAGUAUUUGAUAAGACUGCUAAAGUUAAUGGAGAAAUAUCAAUCUUGGAUAGUUUUACAAUCGUUUAUAGAACUUAUUCAAAUGUUACAAUCUAUAUGGUAGCUGACAAUGAACAAAAUGAAGUUGCUUUACUCAAUGUAUUAAAUACCUACACAGAUACUCUUCACACAAUCUUGGAUAGUAAUAUCAACAAGAGGAAUCUAUUGGAAGGUGUCAAUUUCACAUUACUUGCAUUGGAUGAAAUAUUAGAUGAUGGUAUUGUUUUAGAGAGUGAUUCAACUAUCAUUUCAGAUCGUGUUGGUAUUAAAAUAGAUGGUGGUGAUGAUUUGGAUAGUUUGGAUCAAUCACUUGGUCAAGUUAUGGCUUCUGCAAGAGAACAAUUAGUUAAUUUCUUAAAGUAG